AUGCCACCUAAAAGAAAGCCAGCAAACGUGGUCGAAUGGACCGAAGAAGAGGAGAGAGAACUCGCAAAGUUGAAACGUAAAAAGGAACAGAUAGAGAGGAAGAUAGCAAAGGCUUUAAAGGCCCAGGCCCAGCCUGACGCUACUAGUGCAGAGCCAAGUUCGGAAGCUAUGGAAAUUCGGGGUGGGGCCCAAAAGAAGACCUGA